AAAAAAUCAAACACGCCCGAGCUGAGUCCGUGAGCGAGUUGAGUCGAGUCGAGUCGAGUCGUUAACGCCGAGCGGAUACAAAUUUUGUUAAAAAGCCCAGGCAUAGAUACAUUUUCCACCUCUUUUUUGUGUUUAAGUCAAAGGACUAAGAUAAGACUUUCAGAUCUAGCAAAUAUGUCCCAUAGUUCCCCGAGAAGCGUAGCCACAGCCGUAAGCACUUAACAAACAAUGCCCAAAGUUAAGGCGAAAGGAAUCGCAAGCAAUCGAAACCAAUAAAAUGAGAUCCGUCGCCUGCAACACCAACAUCAACAUCGGUCACAUCGAGCUGGUUGCAGGCACUCAAAGGACAAUUACAGCUGGAUUAAUAUCAACAUCAACCGAAAUCGUAACAUCGACAACGAUAUUGAACGAGCGAUGAGCGAUGGAGCGUCCGAUGGGAUGACGAUUUCAGGAACUCAGUAAGGGAGCUGCAACUGAAAUACUGAAACGGAAACACUCGGAAUUAGAGGCGACGAAAAUAGAAAUUCUGUGGAAAUCUGAACCAAAAAUAAACGGCAGAGGCAGCCAUGAACAGUGCGGAUAUUUUGUAAUUAUUAAUGAGCGCAUAGAGCGGGCAGAGUGAGCGGGGUGAAGAAGCAGCGCAGAACAGAGCGAUACGUAGCGGGAUAUCACGAUGUACACUCUGCUGGAGCUCGACUAGCACACUGACACACACACUCACCCCGGCCCCAGGACCCCAGGACCCCCAAUUCCGGCAGAUUCCCCACAGGACGAAAGGACGACGGCAGGCGGGCAGGCAGGCAGGCAGGCAGGCACAGGAAGGAAAGGCAACGAAAGGCUCAAUUUCAAGGAAUUUGCAAAGCGCUCGAAACACCAAACUCACUAACACACACACACAUGAGCGGGCAUCCCUCUCCCUUUCUCUCGUCAGGAUAGAAGUAAUUAAAAGUAAAUAAAGGAGGCAAGAGAAAGCCGAAAAAAAAGAAGAAAAGUCCCUUAGAGCUGGAAAGGCAGGAAGUAACCUGAUUACGGGCAGAGCAGCAGCAGCAAUUAAUGCCGCAGGAGGAAGGAACCAUAAUCAGAAUCUGCACCCGAAUCAGAGGAAUCGCAUCAGGAUCUGCUACUGCCACUGGCCUAAGCUCGACUCGAUCUCCCAUCAGGACGCCACGGGAGGAUUGGAGAACGGAAGAAAGCAGGAGCCGGAGAAAGGAGUUGUCAUAAGAGUCGUCUCUCUCUUUCUUUAAGCUCUAUAAAAACACCCACUCAACCAUACACAUGCACUGAAGUACUGACUGAAUGCCUCGCUGCCUAAACAACCAACUAACUCACUGACUGAGAGACUUCAACAAGCGGAGAAGUACGGAGAAAGCCCUGACUAGAAAGCCCAAGUAGCCGAGCGGAGCAAAAAAAAAUAAAUUAAAAACGGGGGAACCAGCUAGCAACUAAACUAAAGGAGCAACCUUGACUAAUAACUGCAACAAACAAGAAGAACAACAACAACUACAACUUACUUUAUACGCAACUAAAGAAUAACAAAAAAAAAGAAAAGAAAAGAAAAAACCAAAAGCAAGCAACCAAAAAACGAAAACUUCAAUUUUUAAUGCAAAACUGCGAAAAGCCACGACAGCCAUUUUAAAUAAGCAACUCUCGCACCCUCCCGAAAUUUCAACUUCCAACACCCGAAACAAACAAACAAAAAACACACACACACAGCACCACCAUGAGUGAUUCAAGAACGGACAAAUUGGCCCGGAUGGCGCCCCUGCCCCGCACCCCCCUGCUGACCAUCUGGCUGGCAAUCAACAUGGCCCUGAUCGCCCAGGAAACGGGCCACAAACGGAUCCACACAGUGCAAGCGGCAACUGGCGGUGGCAGCAUGCUGGGUGACGUAAACAUAUCCGCUAUACUCGACUCCUUUAGUGUUAGUUACGACAAAAGAGUAAGACCCAAUUAUGGUGGUCCCCCUGUGGAGGUUGGCGUCACAAUGUAUGUCCUCAGUAUCAGUUCGGUUUCGGAAGUUCUCAUGGACUUCACAUUGGAUUUUUACUUUCGUCAAUUUUGGACCGAUCCUCGUUUAGCGUAUAGAAAACGACCUGGUGUAGAAACACUAUCGGUUGGAUCAGAGUUCAUUAAGAAUAUUUGGGUACCUGACACCUUUUUUGUAAAUGAAAAACAAUCAUAUUUUCACAUUGCAACAACCAGUAAUGAAUUCAUACGAGUGCAUCAUUCUGGAUCGAUAACAAGAAGUAUUAGAUUGACUAUUACCGCAUCGUGUCCGAUGAAUCUACAAUAUUUCCCCAUGGAUCGCCAGCUGUGCCACAUUGAAAUCGAAAGCUUCGGCUACACGAUGCGUGACAUCCGCUAUAAAUGGAACGAAGGCCCCAACUCGGUCGGUGUCUCGAGUGAGGUUUCGCUGCCCCAAUUUAAGGUCUUGGGUCAUCGCCAAAGAGCUAUGGAAAUCAGUCUUACCACAGGCAACUAUUCGCGUUUAGCCUGCGAAAUUCAGUUCGUGCGUUCGAUGGGCUACUACCUUAUACAAAUCUACAUACCCUCUGGACUGAUCGUUAUUAUAUCAUGGGUAUCAUUUUGGCUCAAUCGCAAUGCAACGCCGGCGCGUGUGGCGCUCGGUGUGACAACCGUGUUGACAAUGACCACUUUGAUGUCGUCAACAAAUGCAGCGCUGCCAAAGAUUUCGUACGUCAAGUCGAUUGACGUCUAUCUGGGAACAUGCUUCGUUAUGGUCUUUGCCAGUCUACUGGAAUACGCCACGGUCGGCUACAUGGCAAAACGAAUUCAAAUGCGAAAACAAAGAUUUAUGGCGAUCCAAAAGAUAGCCGAGCAGAAAAAGCAACAGCUCGAUGGGGCGAACCAGCAGCAGGCGAAUCCGAAUCCCAAUGCGAAUGUGGGCGUUGGAGGCGUUGGCGUAGGACCCGGCGGAGUUGGACCCGGCGGACCCGGCGGCGGCGGCGGCGGCGGUGGGGUCAAUGUGGGCGUGGGCGUGGGCAUGGGCAUGGGACCGGAACAUGGCCACGGGCAUGGACACCACGCCCACAGCCAUGGUCAUCCGCAUGCGCCCAAGCAAACAGUGAGUAACCGCCCAAUCGGCUUUUCCAAUAUCCAACAAAACGUUGGUACGCGCGGUUGCUCGAUAGUGGGACCCUUGUUCCAGGAGGUGAGAUUCAAGGUCCACGACCCCAAGGCCCACUCCAAGGGUGGAACGCUGGAGAAUACGGUGAAUGGCGGACGCGGUGGUCCGCAAUCGCAUGGACCGGGUCCCGGUCAGGGCGGCGGACCGCCAGGAGGUGGCGGAGGCGGUGGCGGCGGGGGCGGACCGCCCGAGGGCGGCGGCGAUCCGGAGGCAGCGGUCCCAGCCCAUCUACUGCAUCCGGGAAAAGUAAAAAAGGUAAAGGACAUCAACAAGCUGCUGGGCAUCACGCCCUCCGACAUCGACAAGUACUCGCGCAUCGUAUUCCCCGUGUGCUUUGUGUGCUUCAACCUGAUGUACUGGAUCAUCUACCUGCAUGUCAGCGACGUGGUCGCCGAUGAUCUGGUGCUCCUCGGCGAGGAGUAGGGCGUUGUCCUCAAGCGACGCCGGCAAGGAUUCGAGGGCGUGGCCCAAGGACACAGGAGUGAACAGCGCACGAGAGAGUCAAACUGUGCAGGGCGCUGUAAAACCACAAAAAAGGGGGAAAAAAUCCAAGAAACCCAAAAAAAUACUGAAAAAUACACACAAAAAAAUAAGUGGAAACAAAACUAAUUUUAACUAGCGAUAUGAAAAUGCAGAGGCAACAAACAGUUUAUUGUUUAAUACCAAAAGCGGAAAGGAUACACACACACACAAACACACACAUAUUACAAGGUCGAAAGCAAAGAAUAUUGUUAAAUAGAUUUACACAGAAUAAAUGAAAAAUGGGGAAAAACCAACAUUAGAAUUAACAACCAAAUGAGUAUAAAUGAAUGAAGAAUAAUCAAAAGCAACAGAUUAGCAAAUUGUAGUGAAAAUUAUAUAACGAAAGGCAUAAGUGAAAGUGUUUAGGAGAAAUACGAACCGAUAAAAAAAACCAUUUAAAAACCACAAAUAUAACGAUCAAAAAUCAUACGCAACAUAGGCAUUAAACGAAAACGAAGGAUGACUAUGAGAAACCCUCGAAAUAGCGCAGUCGAAAAGUUGAUUUCAACACACCUAACAAAUAGAUGGUUAAAUAGUUUCCAUUAUCUUUGCGGCGUUCUGAGUUUAAGUUUAAGAAACGAAAGACCUUUGCUUCCCACUUCAAAAGCAAAACACCCGGAGAGUCUUCCUCUAAUUUAAGUGCGUUCCCCCCCCUUCAGCUGCACGCUCCCAGAAAUCGAUAACCAGAUCUUAACCGGAACUCAAACAGAACUUACUAUGUUGAUCCAUUGAUUGCCCAUUCAGUUGGUUGAUUUGUUUAUUCAGAACUGACUUAGCGCUUCCAAGUGAAAUGGCCAAAUUUUUUAGAAAUCAAAACGUAGUGCAAGGAACAAUUUCGAGAAUAGCGAAUCAGUUUGGCGAAUGAUUUCGUUAAGUUAAAUUUAAAUGUAAAUCGAAGACGACGACGAGACGGACACGUAAGAUUGAGAGGUUUUUAAUCAUUUGCACACCACUUACACUAACGCCACAUGAUUCACAAUAAACUUGUUACGGAUAUUAUGAAUUACUUUGGAGCGCACCUUUUAUAAGCAAGCAUCGGAGAUAAGUCAUACAAAUAGUUAGUGCAAUUGACAUAGCGAAAUAAUAAUAUGAACGAUAACGAUUCAUUUUAGUUACACCAAUUUUUAUAUCAACUUUAAACUAACAACAAAUUAUUCAAACUGCACUCACUCACUCACGAAAACACAAGAAUCAAACUGAAACAAAAAUAAAAAACAAAACCAAAAACUUUUCGAAGACAACUUUGCGGCACCGUAAGAAAACAAUCUAAACUCUAAGUGAAAUUUUCAAACGCAAGUAAGCCCAAUAAAUACCAGUAAAUUUAAAAACGAAUACAAAUAGAACAUAGAACAUAAAGUACACAAGUAUGAAUGAAACUGCCUAAGAAAAAUAGCGUAUAAGUCUAACAAAUAGUUGCUAAAAGAAAAGAGUUAAACGAAGACAAUUGAUUUUCAAUUUGUAAAUACAAACAGAAGACACUCGGAACAUUCUCAAAGCAAAGUAGGAGCAAAACUUCGCAAUUAAACUUAGUUAAUGUAAUCGAAUCUGGUUAAGCGAUUAACUCGGAUGCGUUCAAGCAGUCAAUAAAGCGAUAAACAAACAAAAGAUACUUACGAUGCACCGUCUUAAGUUAGCCUAAUGACACACAGAUACACACCAACACAUACGGACAGACAGACAGACGAUGACACACAGAUACUCGACGUAUAUAUACAUAUAUAUUUGAAUUUUCGCUCAAGUUCCUCGAUGAAUCACAGACACAAAGAGAAAGAAACAAAAGAGUUAAGUUAAUUAUAAACACAUAAUUAAAGGCAAGUGAGUUUAACUUUAAACGUAAAAUAAAGAAAUUAAAAUACAAUUUAGCACAAUGGAGAUAACUAAGCAAGCCAUACCAAAAUAUCAUCAAUGAAUUUUAAUUUAGUGUUUAUGAUUAGUGCAAGGGCAGAUCGUAAGGCUAAAGAAUUUUGUACAGUUAGCUAAAGUUAAAGCUAGGAUUUAGUUAAGAGCCAUAAUAUGGCCAAAACAAUAACACACACACAACCACACGUAUAUGUACAUAGAGUAUGGCUUAAGGCGACACAAGUAUAUGAGAUAUAUAUUCAUAUAACGUAUUUAGGCACCUACGUAUAUGUAGCACGAGUUUUUUAUAUGUAAACCAAACAAAAUUGAACCCUAAUCCGAAAAACAAAAAGCGAACAAAAAAUAAAAACACAAAAACAAUUAACUGUAUAUACGAAAAGUACUUAUGAAUGGAACACUGGCAGUGUAGGCGGCGGAGGACGUUGGUGGUGACCCGAAAUGGAUCGGCCACGUAACCCUAGGCAUACUUAAGGCAAAACCUUUAACCCUUCUCAAGGUCUACCUAACCAAUUCAGCAGAAUGACUACAGAAGAGACCCCAAGGAAAAUUACUUUAUUAACGAUCUAGACAGACACAACACACACUUACACAAGCAAAAAGUUGAAAUAAUGAAAAACGAAGAGUCGAGCCUCGACUAUUUGAUAUCCUUUAGCCAAAAAACUCUAUCGUCUGUCUGCUCUAUCGAAAACCCCCCAAAAAGUCCCUAACCAUUUUUUACCAUCCGUUGGCUAAAGAGUAUCCCAAAUCUUAACUAGGAUUCUGAGCGAAAAGAAAGCAAUAUAAGGUUUACCAAAAGAAUAAUUGAUUUACUAAUUAACCUAUAAUUUAUUGAGCCAAGUGAAAAGGAUUUGAAGCAAACUGCAAUUGAUCUACCAGCCAUACAGAACAUUCCCCAAGAAAAUAGUUAUAACCCGAGACUCGGCAACAUAAAAGUGAAAUCGGUGAUAAAGAACAUAAUAGAUAAUAUAUCUGCUUAUAACAAAAGAAAAACACUCACACACAUAUAUAUAGAUAUAUUUUGUAGCUAUACAAUGUCAGAAAUCAAUUAUGUUACCGAAGACAGAAAUCAAAAUGUUUACAAAUGGCUGAGGUUCGUUUCGUAAAAAUGCUAUAUAAUGAUAUCCCCCAAAUGAGGUCAAAUACAUUUUUGAUGCGACAACAACAACAACAACAAAUAGCUGCUCAACGGUUUCGGAGCGUAUUUCCAAAGAACGUAAAUUAAUGAAAAAAACAUUUUAGUUGUAAACAAUGCAAAGGCGAAAUAGUUGACAAACAUUUUAAGAGACAAAAAAGCUAAAAAAAACACUUAAUGGCAAAUUGAUGCGUUUAAUUUUUCAUAUGGAAUUUUUUACUCUACAACCUAGUUUACGAUAUAAUUUGUGGAAGAGAAAAACCGAAAAAAAAAUUUAGUUGCCCAUAGUGAGGAGGACUUUUUUAUAAAAACAAAUUAAACGAUGCAAGACGAUGAAAAUGCAUAUGUACGUGCUGCAUAUGCGAGAGCAUUUAGGACAACAACAAAAACAAUGAGGGAGGAGCAUUAAAAAAGCGAUGAAAAUAUGUAAAAUGUUAAAUUAUACACACAAUGAAAUGUUUGAAGCAUUUUUGGUGCCGCUGUUUAGACGGCGACACCAACACCAACGUUUUAUAAAGCAACCGAAAGGGAGAAAUAAAUAAGUAAAUUAUAUGAGAGGAUCGUCGAUACAUACGUGAGGCGAUGUAAUAAUUACGUAUGUAUGUAUAUGAUGUAUAUUUAAUUAUAUAUUAUAUGUAUAUGUAUGGUGGUCUCAAAAACAAGCAAAACCAAAAAUGAAAUUCUAAAGUAUUUAGAUAAGCAAACCAACAAGUUGAGAACCCUAGCGAUUAAGUUGAACCACACAAUACACAGAUACAGAAACAGAUGCAGAUACAGAUACAGAUACAGAUACAGUACAGAUACAGAUACACUGAUCAAAACCGGAUCCCAGUUCAUGCAGAUUGCACCGAAAACGUAAUAAAAACAUUUUUAAAAUGAAUUCAAAAUUAAUGCAAGUGAAUAUUAUUAUUGAGAAAUAGUCUAUAACCCUAGGCAGCAAGACGCGACAUUGAUUGAACCAUGAAUUGUUAAAAUGAUAAAGGAACACACUAUUCACACACCACACACACACACACUUACGGUUGUACGUUGCAUACUCUUAGUUUGUUAUUACGGAGCAUUAUUUUGAAACAAGCCCCCGAAAUCAUUAUUCGUUGAACCCCUAUUGCUCAAGCAAAUUAAAAAAAAAGCGAAUAUUUGUUAUUACAUUUUAAGAUUAGGGAAUCCAGCACCCUCAGUUUCCCAACCCCCUUUUAAGAAAAAGAACUUCCCCGCGGGCCCUGGCUACCGGAAUAUAUAUGUGUGUAUGAUUUGUCAGCCAUCAAAUUACCAGGUUCAAGUCUCAUGCCAUCGUAAAGCAGCAGCAGCUAUAUAAUGAGCUCAUCGAGGAGGAGUGUGUCUAUAUAAUUUUUGGUUUUAUCCGUCCAUCAAAAAGAGUUCCUAAAUGCAAUAAAUGAACAUGUUUUAUGAUUACCAGCCAGCCGGCCUGCAAUCUGUUAGCCCAUCCCCAAUCCCAUUUCACAUUGGUCUGCUGUCAAUUAUUGGUUCCACAGCCCCUCAGACGAUUAUUUCCAAACACCCCCCCAGAAUUUCGGUUGCUCAACCCAUCAGCCUCAGAGAUCCAAAAAGAACACCCACAUAAGUAUAUAAGCAAGCAUUUGUUUGAGGAGCCUCGGGAAGGGAGGCAAAAACCCCGGAGGAUAAUUUAAAACGUAAUGCGUAUGUAAUGAUUGAUCACUGAUCACAAAUUUUGACUGUGUUAAUUUCGUUAUAUAAAAUGAAAAACCAAAUUAAAAAUAUAAAAAAAAAAACUGAAA